UGUCCCUUCACUUCUUCUCUCUCUCUCUCUCUCUCUCUCUCUCACUCUAGUCUCUACAAGCUCUAUGCCUCAAGUCGAUCUUGAAGCCUUUGUUUGCUCCGUUGGCUCCGACACGAAGAUAGCAUGUGAGUCCACCUUCGUUGAUGACUCGGAAAGUACUCGUCCUUACUACAACAACAACUACGCCGCGAGUAGUCCGACUGAUUUCCCGCCGGAAUCUUACUUCUUGUCCAAAGAUGCUCAGCUCGAGUGGCUCACCGACAACGCCUUCUUCGACCGUAAAGAAUCGCAUAGAGGAAACUCAUCAGUGAAUAUCAAAUCCAACCCCAGCUCGAACCCUAGCUCUCAACGGUACUCCUCCAAAGCGUCGAUCAUCGGUUUGCCAAAGCCGCAGAACACGUGUUUAUACGAGGCGAAGCAGCGGAGAAACGUCGGUAAAACUGAUAAGAACCGUGUCUUCUUGAAACGGGUCGGGUCAAGAACGAAGAGGGAUCUUUCGCUACUGGAGCCUUCUUCUCCUAAAGUCUCGUGCAUGGGGAGAGUGAGAUCCAAAAGAGAACGUAGCCGUCGUCAAAAUUCGGUUCGACCGGAGAAGCCAAACCGGGUCAAGAAACCCGGGUUCUUGGCGAGUUUCAGAGCCAUCUUCCGUAUAGGAGGUGGCUGCAAACACGCGUCAUCUAAUGGGACACACGAGGACAUCAUGAGCCGGCUUCCGACGGGAGACGUUGAACCGGUGGCUCCCGGUUUGGGUGGGAUGACCCGGUUCGCUUCCGGGAGAAGAGGGGAUUUGUUAGGUGGUUGUUGACGUGUCGACAAGUGUAAUGUUUAGUGAUUGGUUGGUUUUGGUAGGACCGGCUUUAACUGUGUUGUUGUGUGUGUUUGAAAUAUCGUUGGCGCUGACGCGGCAAAGUGGUGAACGUUCUUCAGGAACACGGCAACGCGAUGGCGGUGAUUCUUACCCCACCACCAACCACACUUUGUAUUUGUUCAUGUACAUUUUUUCACAUUAUAAUCAUUGAUAUUUCUUUUUUUUUU